AUGACCGAUUUCCACCACCACCAGCACCGCCCACACCGUAUCUCCGUCCCUCCUCGCACCACCGCCACUUAUGACGCUAACCCUAAUUCCCCUUUCCCAUAUUCAUCACCAACCCUAACCCCAGGCCUCACUCCUUCCAAAUCCAAACACCGCUCAUCAUUCUCCUUCAAUUCCAAACCAAAUUCAAAAUCCAAUUCCAAAUCCAUUUCCUUCAUCUUCCUCCUCCUCUUGUCCCUUCGCUCUCUCUACUCCCUUUUCCCUUUCCUCCGUUCCUCUUCCCCUUCAUUUUCUCUCUUCCCUUUUUCCUUCCUCGUUUCCCUUCUUUCCUUUUUCCUCACCCUCUCUUUCUCCCUCUUUUCAUCUUCCAGAGCCACUUUCCAUAAACCCAAACAACCAUCACUCUUCAAUUUUUCCACAUCAAUUACAAACUCUCAGCAGAAGAUUCUUAUAUCAAAAUCGAUUCUUUUAGCUUUGGUUUUUCUCCUACGGUUUUCGGCUCUCCGAUAUUGCAGCACUGCCGCGAUGAUAAUUGCAGAGUUUAUGGGAACUGUGACGGCUCGGCGGUUCCAGAGAAAUCGGAGAAACUGUUGGGUUGAAAUUCGCGGGUUUGUGUUGUUGUUUUCGGGAUUGUUUAUGUUGUCUUUUGGAUGGGAUAGAGCUGAGUGUUUUCCUUUGAGUAGAAUUGGGGUUGAUAAUUGUGUUAGGGUUUGGCAAUUGUUGCUUCCAUUUUUGUCUGGGUUUUUAGCUUGUUAUGAGCCGUGUGUUUCGGUUGAUAGUUAUGGGAGUUUUAAGCAAUUGGAUCGUAAACGGGUUCGGUUGGUGACAUUGUUUUUCACUACAGUUGUGCUUUUUGUUCCUGCUGUGAUUAGUUAUUUUAUUUAUGAAGCUGGCGAGGAUAGUGUUUCUUUUGGGAAUUUGGCUUGGCCUUUGGCGAAUACGGUUGUUUUCGGCGUUCUUUUGAGUGAGAAUUGUUAUAGUGGUGAUGAUUUGAUGAGUUUCAAUGAUUCGAAAAGAGAGUUUUUGGUGAUGUUUACGUGUACUUUGAUAUUGGAGCUUUUUUACUAUCCUGAUAUAUCGCUUUGGGGUUUGUUGAUUUGUGGUUUGUUGCUCUAUGUGGCGGUUAGAGAUUUAGAUUCUUUUAAUUCCGAUGAUAUUGUGUUCGGAGAUGACUCUUCGCAGUUUUUAACUGAGAUGGUUAUGAAGCCUAUUAGACAUAUCUUGAGCGAGAGGAAGUCGAGGAAAAUUGCACUUUUUCUUUUGAUCAAUGCCGGGUAUAUGGUUGUGGAGUUUGUUGCAGGGUUUAUGAGUAAUAGUCUUGGGCUGAUAUCGGAUGCAUGUCACAUGUUGUUUGAUUGUGCUGCUUUGGCAAUUGGGUUGUAUGCUUCGUAUAUAUCUCGUUUGCCUGCGAAUAACCACUAUAACUAUGGCCGAGGAAGAUUUGAGGUUCUGUCGGGUUACACUAAUGCUGUUUUUCUGGUUCUUGUUGGAGCAUUGAUAGUUGUGGAGUCGUUUGAGAGGAUUUUGGAUCCUCAAGAGAUUUCGACUAAUAGUUUGUUGGUUGUUUCUGUAGGGGGGCUUGUAGUUAAUGUUAUUGGGUUGGUAUUCUUUCACGAGGAGCAUCAUCAUGCUCAUGGAAUGUCUGGAUCAUGCUCACAUUCGCAUCCACAUUCGCACUCGGAGUUACAUAACCACGACCCGCAUAAUCAUCAUCAUGAAAGCAACCGAGAAAUCAUUUCGGUUUCCAGUAGUUGCCAAGAUAAUUCAUGCUCCGGUGAUCUUGGACAUCACAAUCACUCUAGUCAUGAGAGGAAAGUCGAGUUUCAUACAGAUAGUCACCGCAUUCAGAGCAUCAAGCAUCACAACGAUGACCACCAUGAUCAUAAUAGCCAUGCCGACCAUCAUGACCAUAAUCACCAUGCUCAUAUCCAGAAGCAUGAUCACCAUGAUCAUAUCCAGAAGCAUGAUCACCAUGAUCAUAAUCACCAUGCCAACCAUCAUGACCAUGAUCAUAAUCACCAUGCCGACCAUCAUGACCAUGAUCAUAAUCACCAUACUGGCCACCUUGACCAUAAUCAUAAUCACCAUACUGGCCACCUUGACCAAAAGCAAAGUCAUCGCCACAUCGAUCACAAUAUGGAAGGGAUAUUCUUACAUGUUCUUGCAGACACAUUGGGGAGUGUCGGUGUUGUGAUAUCUACACUUUUAAUUAAGUACAAAGGUUGGCUUGCUGCUGAUCCAGUCUGCUCAAUUUUCAUUUCGGUUUUAAUUGUGUCCUCUGUGAUACCAUUACUCAGAAACUCGGCCGAAGUUUUGCUCCAAAGAGUUCCUAGGGCACAUGAGCACGAUCUGAAAGAUUCCUUAGCCAGUGUUUUGAAGAUAAAGGGUGUUUAUGGCAUUCAAAAGUUCCAUUCAUGGAGUUUCACCAACACAGAUGUAGUAGGAACACUGCAUCUACACGUGUCAACCGAUACCGACAAAAUAUCAGUGAAGUCUCAGGUUUCGCAUCUAUUACACAAUGCUGGAAUAAAAGAUUUAACCUUGCAAGUAGAAUGUGUUGGAUAG